GCCCAUUUCAAACUCCCACAUCAUCUCCCAUCAAGGGAGGGAGGGAGGGAGGGAGAGAGAGAGAUCAGAUCCAACCAAGAUGGUGGCCAAGACUCCACCCAAGGAGCGGAGGAUGGCCGCCGCCCUCAACCCCAAUCUCGUCAGGGAAACACUGAUCAAGGUGGAGAGGUGCAUGGCUCGGCUGCAGGAGCUCCAGUGCACGGUGACGGGUGGGACGAAGGUGGUGGCCGGUGUCACUCUCAGCCCUCGCAGCACGAGAGGAUAUCUCAGAACCAGUCUGGUAUGCAAGAAAGAAUCCUUAAGGAUGAGAAAUAAUGCUUCGUCUCGGAGAUCGCCGGCGGGGAAGUUCCAGGGGAGCACAAAUGGGGAGUGGCGGCGGAUGUCGCUGCCGGCCAUGCUGCUGGGAGAAACCGUAGUGGAGAUCCUUGAGGCUAGCCGAACCACGAAGGAGGCGGUCACAGCUGCUGCGGCUGCGGCCAUGAGAAGCCGCCACAAGACCACCGAACCUACGACUCCCAUCACUGCCCGCAGAACAAACAAGUCGUCAUCACGUGAGAAUACAGAGAUGCAAGCAAGGCGGGUGAAGGAGAAGCAAGGGCGAUUGAGGAUCAUCCGAUCGGAGCAAUCCCCGGCCGUUUCCAGGGCGAGGUCACGCAUCAGAUUCAAGUCGAAUUCGCCGCUGGCUACUGCGAGGGAGGAGCAGAUGGUGGGCGGCCGACCGUCGGUGGCAGCCCACCGGGUAUCACCCAGAAACCGACCCUGGGCCAAGAAGACGGUGUUGUUCCCCAACCCUCUCUUCACCUCCUCCUCGCCCACGUCGUGCCACGGGCAAAGGAGGUUCUACAAGACCAGAUCCCCCGUGAUUGGGAGGACGAGGCCGUCGCAGAGUCCCCACAAGUUCGUCAUCAAAUCACCAUCUUCCACAUCCCUGAAGUCGCAGUUCGCACCCAAGAAGGCCGUCACAGUGAGAAUCCUGAAGUCACCCCCGGAGAAGGUGGUAGUGUUGAAGAAGUCCCGGCGGUGCUCCUUCUCACCUUCCAAGUUAGUGAACCGAAUAAUCGCAUCGCCGAUCAAGACCCGGCCGAUCUCCCUCCUAAGAAGCAGCACUGGGUUGGUGGCCGGCCUGAAGCAACGUUCAGGUUUCAGUACACCGGUGAGGAUAUCUUCUUCCAUCGCAAGGAUUUGAACGCCGUCAUUUUUGUUGCUGCUGUGUCCAAAAUGCUGCUUGCAGCACAUGAAAUCUAAACUGUAACGACAUCUCGUUCGUGUGCCCGACUGUAAGAUUUCUAUACUAAUAACGACUUCAUGACGAACAUAAGAUUCAUAGGAUCUUUUGUUUAGUCUACAA